AUGUCUAUGGCCUCUUUUGUUCAACAUCUUUCUAAAUCUGGAUCAUUUAACACCAUACUAACUAUUUUUUCUCGAGUUUUCGCUGCUAAACCACAUAGAGCAGAUGUAGAGCGUCUCAUCAGCACAAGUAACAUUUUAAAAUCUGCUGAUAGACAAAAUUUGCUCGUUGAGUCGGAAAACGAAUAUUUAUUUGUUCAUUUCAACAUGCCACCUUUAUCCUUAUGGGACCCAAGAGAUGCAGUUUUAUCGUGGACAAAUGAGAAUAGUCGCCGAGUAAAAGAGACUCCUAAGGCACGCGAACAAAGUUGGUUCAAAGGAGUGUUCGCAGAAGCAUCUCAAACUCAAGGUGUAAAAAGGGAUUUACAAGAUAUUGAGAAUAAUACAGCAGAAAAGCAUUCCAAAAACAGAUUAUUUUAA